AUGAACUCGUCUUUUGAUGCGAACCAAAGCGGUUCUUCCUUGUUCUGCCUACUGGGAGUUGUUAAUUAUUCUCCCGGUCUGGAAACCUGCUUGCUGGAGGUGGCCAUCAUCCUCUUCCUCGCUGUGCUCAUCAUCGCUGGGAACCUAGUGGUGAUUUUUGUCUUCCACUGCGCUCCGUUGCUGCAUCACCAUACCACCGGCCACUUCAUCCAGACCAUGGCGUAUGCCGACCUGCUGGUGGGCGUCAGCUGCCUGGUGCCCUCGCUGUCUCUCCUCCACCUGCUCCGAGGCCUGAAUGAGGAGCUCACCUGCAAGAUGUUUGGCUACAUCAUUUCUGUGCUGAAGAGCGUUUCCAUGGCGUCCCUGGCGUGCAUUAGUGUGGACCGCUACAUCGCCAUCACCCGACCGCUGUCGUACACCACACUGGUGACACCGUGUCGGCUGAGGGUGUGCAUCGUCCUCAUCUGGGUUUACUCUGGUCUGAUAUUCCUGCCAUCAUUUUUUAACUGGGGGAAGCCAGGGUACCACGGGGACAUAUUUCAGUGGUGCGCAGACUCAUGGAAGACCAACCCCAGGUUUAGCACCUUCAUCGUGGUGGCGCUGUAUGCGCCGGCAGCGCUCACGGUCUGCUUCACUUACUGGAGUAUAUUCCGGAUCUGCCGCCAGCACACCAAGGAGAUCACAAAACGCCAUGCUCGCUUCAGCUCGGAGGGCAACCACGGCGAGCGGGGAGAGCGGUGCGAAGGCUGCACGGACAAACGAUACGCCAUGGUGCUGUUCCGCAUCACCAGCGUCUUCUACGUGCUGUGGAUGCCGUACAUCCUCUACUUCCUCCUGGAGAGUGCCGGGCUGUAUCAACACGCCGCGGCGUCCUUCCUCACAACAUGGCUGGCCAUCAGCAACAGCUUCUGCAACUGUCUCAUCUACAGCCUGUCCAACAGCGUGUUCCGGAAGGGGCUCGGCAGUCUCUUCGGCUCAUUGUUUCCGGCCUGUUUUAGCUGCGCAGGCACCAAAAAGACCCUGCCGCCCGUCAGCCUGCGAACGGACACUCGCUGCCCGGUGUGA